UGAAGCUUUUGAGGUACAGUAGUUGUGCUGUCGUCCUGAUCAACAAGCCACUAUUUUGGAAGCAGUUUGAUAAACACUAGCUGGUUCUCCGUCGAUGUCAAUCGCUUAUCUGCGAUCUCAACGAGACGUGACAACUGAAACUAUCCGGCAUCGUCGUCCUGACUCAGUGUGAGGAAGAAAACGACGGUUUAACUUUUAAACAGACAGCUCGUUUUUCUCCGUGAUAUCAGAGCUCGUCGUCCGUGACAACCGAGCACAGAAACGGAGCUGACAGCGGGGUUCAAUUCUGUUUUUUUUGUGUGAUAUUUUUAAAACGGCUAAGAACUUUUGACACUUUCUUGUCGCUAACGAAAGCCAAACAGAACAACAGCCGGCGUGUUUUUAUUUUUUGUUACAUGUCAGUCCACUAUACUGUUUCUAUUUGACAGCUAGCUGUUUUUUUUUGUCGACUGAAUUUUGAACCAUUAGCGUUAAGCCAAUCAAGAAGGCAGAGCUGUGUUGCCAUAGAAACAAUCUUAAAGGAACGAGAGCGCUCUGAUGUUGUGACGUUUGUUACAACCGUUAACUUUUAAAAAAACAGAACCCGUUUGUUACGCUGCAGGAGUUAACGGUUACACGUUACUGAAAAUAUUCAACUGAGUCACAGGAGCUGAAGCAGCCGGCUGUGUACAUCCACGGGAUCCCUCAUCAUCGGAUUUUUUUUUAUUAUCAUAACAAUAUCUGUGUUUUAUUGUUAAAAAUGGCGGCGAUUGGACUGGUGCAGAUGUUGAUCGAAGCAGCCGAGUACCUCGAUCGCAGGGAGCGAGAAGCUGAACACGGCUAUGCCUCCAUGCCACCCUUCAUCAGCAGCCGAGAGACGGAGAGCUUGAAAAGAAAGAGCAAAAGCAAGAAAAACACAAGUAGCAGGUCUACGCACAAUGAAAUGGAAAAGAACAGACGGGCAAAUCUACGGCUGUGUUUAGAGCGCUUGAAAUCCCUCGUUCCCUUAGGACCCGAUGCUAACAGGCACACCACGCUCAGCCUGCUGAUGAAGGCCAAAGAUCAUAUCAAGAGGUUAGAGGAGGGCGAUAGGAGAGCUCAGCACACCUUGGAGCAGCUACAGCGGGAGCACAGACACCUGAGGAGGCGUCUGGAGCAGCUGGGCGUGGAGAGGACCCGCAUGGACAGCACCGGCUCCACCCAGUCCGACAAGUCCGACUCUGAUCAAGAGGACCUGGACGUGGACGUGGAGGGGACGGACUACCUGCUGGGUGACCUGGAGUGGAGCACCAGCAGUGUGAGCGACUCAGGGGACGAGCGGGGCAGCCUGCGCAGCAGCUGUAGUGAUGAAGGCUACUCCAGCGCCAGCCUGCAGCGCCUGCAGGACACUCAGGGGACAGACAAGCAGCUGGGCUGCAGCCUAUAGACAGCACCGGUCACCAAGCCAAACAACAACCUCCUCCCCUCAGCCAGACCUCACCCACGUUGUCUCCCUGUUUCCUGAACCCCCCCCCUUUCUCCCUUCCCACCAGGACCGAUCGAGUCCAGCCAGGGUCCUGCAGACUUACUGUCCUCGUUUUGACUUCCGUUCAGACUGCAGCUCCUCCAGUGAGACGGCCGCCACAUCCAGCACAUCAUCAGCGGUCUCUCUUUAGGGUGUCACCACCAUUCAAUCAAAGGAGGAUUUUAAAGACAGCCCCCCCCCUUCCCCCCCGCCGCCCGUCCCCUCCCUCCGUCCCUCCAUCAGUCCUUCAGAAACACAACUUUCAGCCUUUCAGAGAAUGUUACCACACAAUCCCUCUGCCUCUUUUUCUAUGCCUCAAGAGCCAUGGGAAGCACUUAUGAGAUUUCACCCUUACUGAAAACACACACACACACACACACACACAUACACACACACACACACACCUGCAUCGCUCCUAGUUGUCCUAGUGAGAAAGAGUCGUCCCAAAGGUGUGACACUGAGGUGAUGCGGGGCCUUUUUUUCUGCCCUGCUCACCAUGUGCAUGAUCUUUUGCACUUAAAAUAGAUUUUUUUAGUUUUUUUUUAAUAAUUGCUGUAUCUUAAUAACUAAAGCCACUCCCCCCUCCCUACAGCUGUGAAGAUGAAGCGUCAUCUGCAGAGUUUGAUGUCACACUGUCGGGGCCGACAGCAAUAUAUAUCCUUUUAGUAUUGAGGCUUUUGGUGGGCAGACGUGUAACUAGCCCGUCAUUUACCGUCAACACUCGGCAUCCAGAGAAAACAAAAAAGAAGAGAGAAAAAAGUGCAGCAUGAGAUUGUGUAUGGGUUCGGGGGAAUAUGUGGGAGGGUAAAGUGGGUGGGUUUGAUGUUUUCUGCCUCUCUCUGAUGACGGUGGCGUUUUUAACUGCAUCCUUUUCUCAUAGCGUGUGUAUGACUGGUUACAACAGGGGUCACUAGCCGGGUUUGGAAACGAGAAACACCAGCCGCCCAAGCCGAACGCCGGUAUAUUUAGGCAGGUGCUGGUACAUUUUUGGUACACUACUUCUUCACUGCCCCAUUCAGCAGGUAUUAAUAGAAAAGAAAAAGGACAGCAGAGCCGAGAGAGGCUGGAGCACAUUCCAUUAUGUAGAGAGGACGGCCAGGUGAGAGCCAGACGAGAGCAUUAUUUUCUGACUGGAUGUUCCUGCCAAUUAUUUAUGAAGGGAGAGUUGAGUCUGAGGCGAGCCGCGUCAGCCUAAAAAAAAAAAAA